UGAUUAUGACGUCAUCACCAAAUCGACUUUUUUGGUUUUCGAGCAAAUUAAUUUGGUGAUUUCUUCUUUCACUUAUUUGUUAUUUAUCAUACUUUCUUAUGCAAUUUACAAACUAAUUUUGGCUCUUGUUUGGUUUCGAUAUGGAAAUAGUACACUCGACUGUAAGUAAAGUAAAGUAGUUCGCAGGACCCAUUGAAGGCAGCCUCUAGGCGCCAAAUUUAAAAUAAUCUGCGGCUCCUCGCUGUUUUUGUACACAUUUCGUGUUUCCAUCUGCCUGUUAUCUAUUUAAACCCACUUUUGGUUAUAAUUAUGGGGGUUCACGAUUUGUGGUCGAUAAUUGAGCCGGUUCGCGAGUCGGUGUCCCUGUACAGUUUAAGCGGAAAGACUCUUGCAGUCGACCUCAGUCUGUGGGUUUGUGAGGCCCAGCACGUCCAGGCGAUGAUGGGGAGAGUUACAAAGCCCCACUUGAGGAAUUUAUUUUUCCGGGUGUCCUCCCUCACUCUGAUGGGGAUCAAGCUUGUUUUUGUGAUGGAAGGAACAGCUCCCAGACUUAAAUCUGAAACCAUGAGUAAGAGGACAGAAGCAAGAUACGGACGCGUUAAAAACUCCACAGAGAGUAGCACAAACACCAGCAGAGGGCGCUUUAACUCCAUUCUCAAAGAGUGUGCAGAGAUGUUGGAUUACUUAGGGGUCCCUUGGGUGACGGCUGCAGGGGAGGCUGAGGCCAUGUGUGCGUAUCUGGAUUCUCAGGGCCUGGUGGAUGGCUGCAUCACAAAUGAUGGAGAUGCUUUCUUGUACGGUGCCCGAACAGUCUACAGGAACUUUAAUAUGAGCAGUAAAGACCCUCAGAUCGACUGUUAUCACACAUCCAGAGUGCAAACAGAGCUGCAUCUGAGCAGAGAGAAUCUUGUUGGUUUAGCCAUUCUCCUGGGCUGUGAUUACAUUCCUAAGGGCAUUCCAGGUGUUGGGAGAGAGCAGGCCUUGAGGUUAAUACAGGCACUGAAAGGACAGUCAUUGUUGCACAGGUUCAUUCAGUGGAGAGAGGACAACACUACUAUGUCGGAUGUGGUUGUAAAAAAGGUUCCUCACUGCAACAUAUGUCGCCAUCCUGGCUCAGCCAAAGCACAUGAGCGAAGAGGCUGCACUCUCUGCAACAGUCAACAAUACUGUCAACCUCAAGACUUUGAUUACCUGUGUCCUUGUGACUGGCACAGCUAUGAGCACACGCAUCAGGCUGCAGCUUUUGAAGCAAACAUCAAGAAAAAAACACUCAGCAAUCCGCAGUUUCCUUUUACAGAGAUCAUCAACGAGUUUCUGGUUUCCAAGGAUAAACCUGUAUCACAUUUCAAGAGGAGACAACCAAAUAUGCUAAUGAUGCAGAAAUUUGCUUAUGACAAGAUGGAGUGGCCAAAGCAUUACACCAGUGAAAAGGUUUUGGUGUUGAUGACCUACGCUGAGCUGAUGAAUCGAAAAUAUGGGAUUGAUGCGUCCUCUCAAAUCAAGCCCAUCCGAAUAGUGAAAUCAAGAGUGAGGAACGCUGUGGCUUGUUUCGAAGUCAUCUGGAGAACUCCAGAACAUUUUGUGUUUCCGGAGGACCGACCUGCAGAGGAUCCACUUGAAGUGAGGACAGUAGAAGAAGAAUCCCUCUUUCGUUUGGCCUUCCCUGAGCUUGUGGACAGCUUCACGAGGAGCAAAGCUCUGGUCCAAGAAACCAAAAAAAAAAGACAGAAGAAAAAGGAGAAGCCUUUCGAUACUGUUACAGAUCUUUUGGCAAAGAUGACCCUCUACGGCUCUUCCACACAACCUGAAUCUCUGCCUCCUAGCAGCUCAAACUACAGCCAGACAGAAGUGCUUGUUUUAGACAGUCCGGUGUGCAAUAAGCAGCUUCACGAGGAAAAAGAAGACCACAACAAUCCCCUGGUUGCCUCAGCUUCAGAGGAUGCUGCUUCACCAUCUGUUUCUGUUGUUAUUGGCGCUUUACAUUUGAGUGAUAUAGACUGGGAUGCUUCUUCUUUUACAUCCUCCCCUGCGCCACAAGCAAAUAACGCCACUAAAGCUGAGGGAAAGACCACAGUCAAGGAUGAAAGACGAGAGGAAAAGGCAGGGCAGGAAGUCUCGGACAGUGUUAAGAAGCAGGAAGAGUCCGGAUCAGCUCUGGAUCUGUGUUACACCGACUGUUCCCUGAGGGAUCGACUGCUCAAGAAGAACUCCAGCAAAAGUUUGACCGAGAAAGAGAUCUCAAAGUUCUCAAGCGUUAAGUUAGACUUUUCUGAAAACAAUUCAAAACUCAGAGGGAUUAUCUCUGAGGAGGAAUCAACUUCUGAGGACAAAGAUCAGUUUGCAUUAAAAGUGUCAAAGGAACACAACCAACAACAAAUUGUUGCACAAGUUCAGCACAAAACCGCAGAAAAUGACAAACUCUGCAGAAAGCGUGAACAGACUGCUCUGAUAUCAUCACAAAGGUGCAACUCUUAUCCGAGUAAAAGUGACAAAAAGAGCUCAAAAAACCUACAAACCUCCAAGAAGAGUGUAUGCAUGAGUUUGUGUUCAUCCAGUGAGGAAAGUGAUGUAGAAAAUGACAAUCGUAAGCAUCAAAUACGCACAAAAACUGUACCAAACAAGAUGAAGAGUAACUUUCUUUUAGAACUUCCCUUAAAAUCUGUGCCUACAAACAAGUUACACAGAGAAACUCUUAAUGAAGAGGUCAAACCCUUAGAAUCUAAAAAUCAGGACACCCGUGUGCCUGAAACUGAUGGUGUGUUUGUGCAGUCUCCAGGCUCACCUGUGAUUGUGUUAGAUGACUCUGUCACUUGUAGCGACAGUCCACUGCCGCUCGCCGAGAGACUGAGGCUCAAAUUCCUGAAGUGAGUUGCAAAAUCUUUGUUUCAAAUUUCAAUCACAUUCUGUUUGAUAUCAAAAUGUUUGAGGAAGUGACAUUUUUAAGAUGGAUGUCAAGAUAAUGACAUUUCUUUUCUUGAUCAUUUUUUGAUUUAUUAUCUAUUUUCAUUCAGGGCAGAAAAAUCACUUGUAAUUGGGUCAAUUUUGGAACAUCAAUUUUACUAAUCUAUUUUUAUGUAAAGGUUUUAACAGUGUAAUUGUAAUCACUCAAAAGAUGAAGCUUCUAAACAAAUAUUAAAGAGAUGUGUUUAAGUUGUAAAUAUUUGUAAUGUUGCUUUAAGUAUUAAAUAUGUAAACGUA